UGGCGAUGCACCUGUUUCUUCGGUGCUGAUCCUUGUUGUUGUCUGCGCAACAGAAGAAAACAAAGCAUCAGGAACAGAGUGUUAAUAAAGUGGCGACGUAGACAAACAGCUGGAGUGAACUCCGUCUUUCAAAAUGUCCACAGAGGAGCUGUCAGCCUCGGACAGCGAGGCUGCCUUCGCCGGCGCUGGGGAGCGGUGGGCACCGGUGGGCGCUGUGGCCAGUCCCGAGGAUGAGAGCGGGAGCGGGACCGCUGGCCGGCCGACGCAAAGGUGCUCGUCCUCGGCCACGGAGGAGGAAAUGGCCGUCAGGCUGGAGAAGCUGGAAGAGGAGCAGGACUUGCUGAACUCCUCUCUCCUCGCCCUCACCUCGCACUUUGCUCAGGUUCAGUUCCGGCUGAAGCAGAUCGUUCACGCUCAGAGCGAGGAGAAGGAGCGGAUGCUGGCCGAGCUGGAGGAGUUCGCCUUCAGGGGCUGCCCGCAUGUGGUGGGCUGCAGAGCUCAGGAUGCCAAACAGCUGGAGAACUCGGGGGAUCUGAGCGAGAGGGAGAAGAGGGAGCGCCUGGAGGCUCAGAGGGAAAAACAGAAGGAUCUCAUUUUCCAACUGAAGACACAGCUGGAUGAUCUGGAGCGCUUCGCCUAUCAGGAGGGCAGCUACGACUCGCUGCCGCAGUCUGUCGUCAUGGAGAGGCAGAAGGUCAUCAUUGACGAGUUGAUCAAAAAGUUGGAUGUGAACCUUAACGAGGACAUCGGGAACUUAUCGCCCGAGGAGCUGAGACAGAGAGUGGACGCUGCCAUCGCUCAGAUCGUGAACCCGGCCCGGGUCAAAGAGCAGCUGGUGGAACAGCUCAAGACCCAGAUCAGGGACCUGGAGAUGUUCAUCAGCUUCAUCCAGGAUGAGGUUGGGAACCCUCUCUUAUCAGACGGAGGACUCAGCCAGCAGCCGCAAGCAGCAGGGACCAAUGCCAGAACUCCAGGAGUGAAGAAGAAAGUGGACCCAGAACAGGCCCAGAAGAUGCGAGAGACCGGCCUGCAGCUGAUCCAGAAAGCCCUCGCCGUGCUGCAAAUCUUCGCUGCGAGCCAGUUUGGCUGCGCCCCGGGCCACAUUCCUCAGAGCGUGUGGCCCCAGGAGUCGACAGGGCAGGACUACGGGCCCCUGCUGCAGCGUCUGGAGGCGGCCGUCGAUAAGGUGCGAGUGCUGGGCUCUUGCAGACAGCCCUCCCUCGAACAUGUCGUCAACUACACCAGCAACGCAGCUCUGGGACCUCGAGACGAGCUGACGACCUCUGUGAGGAAGGAGCUGGCGUUUGCUCUGAAAGACUUGUUGGCUCACGGCCUCUUCUCACCCUCCCAGACCAUGAGCCUGGUGCUGGCACCCAUCUCCUGCCUGCUGCCUUACAGACCAGCCCCACAGACAAUGCACCCAUGGGAACUCUUCGUUAAAUACUACCACUCCAAAAACGGGAGGGCCUUCGUGGAGUCACCAGCCCGCCAGCUCUCACAGUCCUUCAGCCUGCCAAUAGGGGGCGGCCCGGUGACGGUCACCCCUAAACAGUCUCUGCUGUGGGCCAUUCACACUGUGCUGAAGGAGCACGGACGCUACAAACGAGGACCAGACACAGAGUUCAAAGCGCUGGUGUGCAUGGCUCUGAACGAGCAGCGCUUGGUGUCGUGGCUCAACCUGCUCUGUAAGUCCGGGACUCUGAUACACCCGCACUACCAGUCCUGGAGCUACAUGGCCCAGACCGGCUUCGAAGGAGCCCUGCGAAUCCUGGGCCGCAUCAGCCACCUCAAAUUCAACCUCCCGGUGGACCUGGCUGUUCGGCAGCUGAAGAAUAUAAAGGAUGCUUUCUGAGGAGGGACCAAAAACAGAAGAAACCAAUGAAAAGUAAAGAAACAUCAGUCUCAGAAAUCACGUAUUUUCUCAGCUAAACGAGUCUGCUCUUACCUGGCAUUCAGGACCAAAACAGUGACUUUGUGCUUGAAGUCUGUAACCUUAUUCAAGGUUAUUUAAGUAGCCACCCAUUUAAGUAAAGUGCAAGUGUGUGAUGUCUACAGUACAUGCAUGGAUGACAAUGUUCUGUGAGCUUCAGCCAUAAGCAGCCAUAAUCUGCAUAUCCCACUAUGUUUAAGAUGCCAAAAGGUCAAGAUGACAAUGCUACUUUUACUGUAAACAUGCCUUAGAAUGGAGAUUGAGAUUACCUCAUCUGUAGUGAAGCCUUCCUGACCUUUCCAACCUUUGCUCAUCGUAUCAUUCCCAGCGUUUCUAUUAUAAAAACUUGAUGCGGGUCCACGAUUUCAGUGUCCCCGCAUUCUGGUCAAAUUUAUCUGUGCUCAAUUCACAGAGUUAGAUGUGGAAAUAUCGGGACAGGAGCGAGAGAGAGAGAGUGUCGAGCCAGAAUAUUUACACAUCCUGACCGGACAGAUUAAAAUAUGUUGCUCCUCAACAAACUGGUGAUUACCGGAUAACCAAACCCCCAGUGGUCCCCUUUUCAUGCGAUGGCCUAAGCUAUGCAGCAGAGAGAGGUUGGGUCGGUACAGUAAUCAGUACUGUAAUGUCGUCACUUUGACAAUCCAGGAAGAAAAAUAAUGUGCAGAACACUUCUCGAUACUGUGCGUCUACGCAGUAACCAAGAGCUUGUGAUGUAUUGGUCCUUGUUGGUGCUUGUACUGCUCCGUCGUUCACAGUGACUUCUGUCAUUAGGCGAUAAAUCAUGUGUAGCAGAUUGGUUGAUCGUAACGCUAAACAGCAGCACUCAGGUCAACUAGAAAUGAGAGAUGUCUUACAGUUGCCGUCAUGAUGCAAAGUGUCGUGUCACAUUAUGCAGCUGUUAUGCGCUCUCAGCUCCAUUUUUUUGUUCUCUCUUCUUGCACGUUUUUUCAGGUGUGUGAACAGUUAGACCCUGUAUGAACUGCUGCUUUUCUCCUAUUCCAGGUGUAGUUCAGAUUCAAUGAUGUUGUAUGGGAGGGAUUUAUUUAAUGAUGUAAGCUUGCAUCUCAUAUGUGACACGAUUGUAGGAUAUAAAAGGUUCAGUUUUUUUCUUGUUUUUCCGAGAAAUUUGUUUUUAUCUUCCUGAGACAGCUGAGUUGCACGUAUGAUAUCCUUAAAUACUGAAUGUACAAACCAUAGAUGCUAUUAAACUGAUGUUAGUUUAUAUCUGCUGUAUGUUUCCCUGCAGUUUAUGGGAUUGAAACUCGUGAUUGACAAGGCGUGCUGAUAAAAGAUUGCUGCGUUUUUAUUUCCUUAGAUGAAAAUCUAAUUCCAUAACAGUGCACUUUGAGACUGACACCUACAGAUGCAUUUUAUUGUUUAUUUUAUGUUACUGUGUCAAUGGAAACUUUGUGUUCUGUUCAGCUGAUGUGUAGUAAAUAUAAUGCUUUAUUUUGUUUCCCUUUUUCCCAUUUUGUUGUGUUUUGUUCAGCUUUUAUGUUGUGAUUUAUGUAAAGAGACAUUUAUUUAUUCGACAGCAUGUUUUGGCUCAGCGCUGAAGUAGAUAGAACAUAUCAGAAGACUUGUAGCUCCUGAACUGUAGUUGUUCAGUCACACACUGAAAUAUAGACACACUGAAUCAUUUAAAUUGUGCUAUUUGUUAUAUUUAUUUCAUUGCUUUAAUCACAAAAAAUAUAUUGGGAUAUGUGAAUUGUGUUAAGUUUUUUUCGUUUUUAUCUUGUUUAAUGCAUCCCUGCAGCUGUAAAU